GUAUCGGUGUCAGGCGGGUGACACUUGUUGCAUGCGCGCGCAGUGGCUUUCGUUCCUUGAUGAUGAUCACCGACUACCGACGACUGAGUGUAAUCGGUGAAAAGCAGAUGUGAGAACAAGAAAGUGGUCAGUUGGUCACAGGACACACAGAGAGAAGCAUCGCCAAGUUUUGCCCCACGUCAUCUUGAAAGGAUAUCCUAAGUUGGAGACCAAUUUUCUUUUGAGAUUGUUCUUAUACCAACGGUCAGAUCUAAAUCACAAUGCCUCGGUCUUUUCUGGUUCGCCGUUUUGUAAGGCCGCCUGUCGCAGAACAAUCCACUAAAUGGGACAAGUGUGCUACCCCUGCCAGCGACGAUGAGGAUUACGGACCAUUCAGCCCCAGUUGUUUACGCAUCCCUACAACACCGACCAAAGGACAGACAGUCAGCGCCGCCUUGCCUACCACGCAUCGCAUCAUCAAGCCACUUCACUUCCACACGACCACCAACCCGUACGAGACCAUCAAGAAGACGACACCCAAGAAACAUAGGAGCAAAGGAGGUAAGAAGGGGCCCAGAGGUGCAGUGGGGAGCAAUCCAUUGGAGGAGAUAUCAGCGGGGGAGAAUCUCGCCUCGACACCGGCGGGAAAGCAGUACAUCAGCCGCUCCGGUCGGCCCGUGGGACGCCGCGUUUCAACCGAGAAGAACGAUGCUUACAAACAGUUUGUCAUCAAACGCAACGACAUCAUCGUGCGUGAUGACAGGAGCAAGUACUCCACAUCGACAACUUCGACAAGCUUCGCCGACAACUCCCAGCUGUACAUCGACACAUCAGUUUUGAAUCUGUCGAUGAAUGGCCCGCUGUCGCAACAGAGCUAUGGAUUGGUGGCAGCGACCGCCACUGCCACCUGCGUCCAAGCUGGUCAGACAUCACCGACGUCUGCUGAUGAGGCUACCCAACCGGACAUCGGCCGCUCUUCCCCCGACAACCAGCCUCAGAUGACGGUCCUCCGGAACGUCUUCGUGUCAACUCCUCCGGACUCCAAGACAGACCUCUCUGAUGUGCUCAACCUUCGGCCGGAUUCUCCUCGUGAACUCUCCGUGCUGACUGCAAGCAGCCAUGUAUGCCCAGAGUGCGGGAAGGGGUACAGUACCUCCAGUAACUUGGCCAGGCAUCGACAGACACACCGCAGUGUCAACGAUCAGAAGGCGAGGAAGUGCCCCCACUGUGACAAGGUGUACGUGUCAAUGCCAGCACUCAGCAUGCAUAUCAGAACCCACAAGUUGGGCUGCAAGUGCAACCUCUGCGGCAAGUGUUUCAGUCGACCGUGGCUGCUCCAGGGCCACAUCCGGACCCACACGGGGGAGAAACCCUUCACCUGCCCCAAGUGCGGCAAGGCCUUCGCGGACAAGUCCAACCUGCGAGCGCACGUCCAGACUCACUCCAACGUCAAGCCUUACGUCUGUAACAAGUGCAACAAGGCUUUUGCUCUCAAGAGCUACCUCUAUAAGCACGUGGAGGCAGCGUGUAUCAGGGACGUUCGGAAUUAGAGCAUUUAAAGUUGCAGUCGUUUCCUUUAAGAAUUCAGUUGAUUUUAAGUUAUUGAUUUAAAAAUGGAUGGACGAGAGUGCCAAUUUAAGCUGUGUUUGUGUCUGUUUUCAGUUGAUUUUAAAUUAUUGAUUAUUGAUCAAUGUGAGUGUCAAUUUAAGCCGGACUGUUGUCCAGUUGAAUAUAUGGAACCUUGUAUUCAAGGGGAUUGGAAUUCUAAUUUUUGAAUUUUUUAGCUAUAUUAAGCGUUCACGUCAGUGCCUUGUUACAAAUUUUCUUACACGUAUCACUGCCUGACGACCUGGAACAUUGUAUUCAUGAUAUUAAAGAUUGAGUUUUUUUUUCAAUAUACAUCAUUACAUGUAUCAUUUUUCUAUAAAAUUGCCAACAAAAACACAAGCUGUCAAAUGUUCCCCUCAAUUAUAUAUUGCAGCUGUUGAAAACCAGUGACUGCUGCUUUAACAUUUUAUGAAAAUGUCUCGUGACUGAUGUCGAAUUUUUAGGAUAUUGUGUCUUCUGAACAUAUUUUUUCAAAGGGACGAUUCCAUACAAAAUUGUGUCAAUUAACAAAAUCCAGACGACAUCAAGUUUUGAAGGGCGAUAAUUAGAUCACGUUUCAAAGUUCCCCCAAUACAUGCGCAUUAAGUAGUUAUAUUGUCAAAUAAUAUUAGGAUCAGUUGUGCAGUAUUUAAUGCUUAAGGUGUCUACACUAAAAAGCAGGUCGUUGGUUCGAGUCCCGCCCAGUAAACUCGUGCCUAUUUUAAGAUGGCCCCGGAAAGCACCACUUUCUGUACUCAGUUGAUUCAGAAUGGCGAUUCUCUGAAGUAUUUUCCUACAUAAUGUGGUCCACAUACUGGGCCGGAUGUAGCCCACCCAUUGGUGCUACACCGGGAAAUCCUAUACAAUAGCACUGCCCAGCUCACAUGUGACGGUCCGCAAGUCAGAGAGUCGGUUAGCCAGUUUAUGAAACUUGCACAAAGGUCUGGUCAUCUUGGACCAGUAAAAAAAAAAUCCUUGUCCAGCAUAAACAAAACCUUUUUCAUUAAUAUAAUAAUCAGACUUACGCAAAUGGCAUCGACUUUUGACAUUUGGCUUUCACUCCCGCGUGUUUAUGUCCAGUAAAUGCAAUGUCGGCCAGAUGCAAUGCUCAACUUCAAAGGAUUAACCGCGAUCUCAAAACCCAACUGCUUGGAGCAUAAAUUGUGAGUGUUGACUAUACUUGACACAGAGAAGAGGUUUAUUUGAACAAUUCGGUACCAGAGCCGAGCUGACUGGACUCGUAAAAUCGUAGAGAUACUUGGAAAAACUUUCAGACCAACUAUGCAAUUUACGAUCAGCACUUUGUGUCAUUAUUUUAUAGGCGUGACAUUUGAAGUGAAAGAAAUAAUGUUUAAUUUAUUGUAAAUAGUCAUCUUCUGUAUUUAUACACACUUUCACAGAAUGUUUUUUUCUAAACAGACAUCGCAAUUUUGUAUAAGAAUUUUCCACCGUUUUUAGCCUUUUCGUAUUAUAGCUUUAGAAACCAAACUAUGCAAUGGUGUUUUCUCACAAGAAUUUGACGUGUGUACAGAUUGAUGUGUCCGACCAAAUCUGUUUUUUUAUAAACAACUUUUUUUGUAUAAUCUUUCACCGACAUAAAAAAGUACUUUGUAAUAAACUUUUGAGUGGACAAUUUAAUAAAGUUUUGGACAAAGAAUUAAGAAAGUGAAAUAAUACUCCACUGCGUUUAUUCGUGUUGUUACGUCAAAGCUGGUGCACGCGUUUUUAUAAGGGCUUUGAUAACUUAUCAUCAAGGAGUUUUGCGAGACAUCAGGGUUGGGGAUGGGCAUGGCUCGGCGUGGCCGGGGCGUGGUUGGGCUAGUGGGGUUGACACAAUGAAUACGCAGCACUGCAUCUCUUUUUAAAAGGAAAACUAAUCUUUGAAAAUACACGGCGCACAAUACUGUCUAUCCGAGGGUCUCUCAAUACAGGAGUCCCCAAAAAGUUGUGGAAGCAGAUAUCCUUUAAUUUCUCAAAACUACUGAACAUGAGUAUUUCAUCUUGAAUACUCCUGUGUAUAAUCAGUGAAAAUCUAAUGGAAAUCCGUUCAUGCAAACCAGAGUUCCGUAGACUGUAAAAAGGUUAUAUGGGGUUUUUCACCCAUUCGAAAGGAAUUUAUUAGUGAUAUCAGUGCGUACCAGAUUGUCAUGGGCCUUUUCACUCUGAUGUUACAACUGUUAACUGUGUAAAUCCCAUUCCGUUGGAAUGGGUGAAAACCCCAUAGCUUUUUAUAAUGUGUUAGAUCUCUGGUUUGCAUGAACAGAUUUCCAUGGCAUUUUUACUGAAUAUACACAAGAGUAUAAUUAAUAUGCUCCAUUAAGAUGAAAUACUCAUGUUAAGUAGUUUUUGAGAAAUCAGAGGAUAUCUGCUUGUUUGGGACACCCUGUGCAAUGUGGAAGAUCAAAAUUGUAACAUUCUGUUCAUCAGGAUUUGCAGCCACUGCCUGCCGUUCCCUUACCAAACCACUAGAGGGCGUGAGACAAACACUUUCAAUAUGAACACCAAGGGAACAAGUUAGUGUGCACAGUCUUUAUUAAGGCAACAGCUUCAGAAAUGCACCCACAUAAAUUUGACGUGGGGAAGAUUAUGACAUGGUAACAGAUUUUGCAGGGCUGGGGGUACAAAAAUCCUCGAUGUAUUAUGUUGUGAAUGAGAUCUUUGGUCUCUUCCCCCCCCCCCCCCCCCCCCCAUUCGUAAAGAUAAAAACCCCACAAGUUUAACAAAGACAUUUCCCUGAACUGUUGGUUGUUUUUCACCCUAACUGCCGCCCGGCCCGAUUCGAAAGUUUUUCCUACGAGAUAGAAUUACUGGUGGGUUCGAUUGCAUUUUUAAACUACAUGUAAAAGCAUUAAUACAGGAAAUGAUUUGCAAAACCUACUCAACACAGAAACCAACCAAACAUCUUCUCCAGGAAAACCAGCUUCCUUCGAACACAACAUAAACAAACUAUGAACAGAAAGUGCAUUGUCACCAUAAAUUCAUAACUGAAACAAAAUAAAAAUCAUUACAAAUUUGUAAAAGUACUACAUUGUAUUUUGUGGGUUAACAUUUAGUUAAAAACUAUUGGUGCAAUGCAUUUCAUGUUAGUUAUUAAAAGUACAUCAUGUAAUUGAAAUUCUUCCUAAUUAUUUAACUAAAAGAAAGUUAAAAAGUUAUUGCAUUUUAUCAUUACAAUUAUUUCAAAAUCUCAAAAUUUCACAUUAGCAUUUACCUAGUACCUAACUGCAAAUA